AUGUCUUCUUCUCUACUUGAUUACACUCCCCACCCUGGAGUUCCCGGGGAAAUGUCUAAACUGAGCAUUGUCGCCAUAGAAACCGACGCUGGCCUAGCAAGAGGUGGUGUGAAACGUCCCCGGAAACACAGGUCACCUGGGCGGGACUUUCCGUUUCCUCCUCAUCGUCUUUCAUUUGUUCUUGUACCUCGCUGGUUUCCCGGCGUAAAGUCAGCCGGUCUGCCUUUUGAAGGCGUUGUUCUUCUAGAAGAAGGAAACAUGGAGGAUAAAGGAAUGGUCCCUCUGAUUCUAACAACCAUAUGCCAGGAAUCAGUGACAUUCAAAGAUGUGGCUGUGGACUUUACCCAGGAAGAGUGGGGACAACUGAACCCUGCCCAGAAGGAGCUGUACAGAGAUGUGAUGUUGGAGAACUACAGGAACCUGGUCUCCUUGGGGCUUCUAAUUUCCAAACCAGAGGUGAUCUCCCAUUUGGAGAGAGGGGUCAUACCAUGGAUGGUGGAAAGAAAAAUUCCAGGAGGCACCUGGCCAGAGGCCAUUCAUCAGGAGAUUGGUUGUGAAACAAUGGGGUCACCUUCAACACAGAGCAUUUCUGUGGCAGAACCACAUGACAAAGGAUCCAUGAAGAAUGAUUCCUGGAUUUCCAAGCAAGGAGAAGUCUGGGAAUGUAAUCUCAAAUUAAAACAACAGAGAUAUUCCCAGGAAAGGCAGUCCCAUAAGAUGAAAGUCAGCCCCAGAAAAGGUUCUACUAUUAGUGUUAAUGAAUGUAAUACGUUUGAAACAAACUUCAAUCUGGGACCAAUCCUUUUUAUUCAACAGAGUGUUGAUACAGAAGGAAGUCUGAGAAAAUGUGAUAAACCUAAGGAAAACUUUAAACAAUAUUCAGAUCAGAUUAAGCAUCAUGGGAUUAUUUUUGAGAAGAUCUGCAAAUAUAAUCAAUGUGGAAAGUCAUUCUGUUAUCAUUCAGAUCUUAAUCAAAAUUGUGGAAAACAUAUUGAGGAAAAAACAUUGAAUGGUAAUAAAUGUCAAAAAGUCUUUCAAAACACCUCAUCCUUUACACAUAAUAAAAUUCAUACUGCAGAGAAACCUUUUAUUUGCAAUGAAUGUGGGAAAACCUUCAGCCAGAGAGGAAACCUUACUGAGCAUAGGAGAACUCAUACUGGAGAAAAACCCUUUGAAUGCACUGAAUGUGGAAAAUCUUUUAGCCGUAAUGCCCAUCUUACUGAACAUAAGAGAAUUCAUACAGGAGAGAAACCUUUUGUAUGUAAUGAAUGUGGCAAAUUCUUUAGCCGGAGUGGACACCUUACUGAACAUAAGAGGGUUCAUACUGGAGAAAAACCCUUUGAGUGUCAUGAAUGUGGGAAGUCCUUUUGCUGGAGUGGACAGCUUACUCAACAUAGGAGAAUUCACACUGGAGAGAAACCCUUUGAAUGUCAAGAAUGUGGAAAAUCUCUUAGUAACAACUUUUGCCUUACUCUACAUGAGAGAAUUCAUACUAGAGAGAAACCCUUUGAAUGUGAUGAAUGCGGGAAAUCCUAUAGCCGAAGUGGACACCUUAUUGAUCAUAAGAGAAUUCAUACAGGAGAGAAACCCUUUGAGUGUAAUGAAUGUGGGAAAGCCUUCAGGCAGAGAGGACACCUUACUAAACAUCAAAGAAUUCAUACUGGAGAGAAACCCUUUCAAUGUAGUGAAUGUGGGAAAGCCUUCAGCCAAAGGGGAAAUCUUACAGAACAUGAGAAAAUUCAUGUGACAGUGAAACCCUUUGAAUGUAAUGAGUGUGGGAAAGUUUUCAGUCGGAAAUCUUACCUUCGACUACAUCAGAGAAUUCAUCCCUUACAGAAAACCAUUGACCAUACUUGAUAUGGAAAAAGACUUUGACUUCAGUUAUUGCCUUAUUUGACAUGAAUAAAUGAAUGUGAGUGGAAAA